AUGAUGUUAAAAUCCCGGAUCACUCAUUGUAAAAGCAAUGCCCUGCACUUCCAGCAGAACUUUCUUUGUGCUGGUGCCAGGAUGAGAACAGUUGUCCCGGGGGCAGGUGAGCAUCCCCUGCAGUACAACUACACCUUCUGGUACUCACGGCGCACCCCAGGCCGCCCCACCAGCUCUCAGAGCUACGAGCAGAACAUCAAACAGAUCGGGAGCUUCGCUUCGGUGGAGCAGUUCUGGCGGUUUUACAGCCAUAUGGUUCGACCUGGUGACUUAACAGGCCAUAGCGACUUCCAUCUCUUCAAAGAAGGCAUCAAACCUAUGUGGGAGGAUGAUGCCAACAAGAGCGGGGGUAAGUGGAUCAUUCGGUUGCGGAAGGGCCUGGCAUCACGAUGCUGGGAGAACCUGAUUCUGGCCAUGCUUGGGGAGCAGUUCAUGGUGGGGGAGGAGAUCUGUGGUGCCGUUGUCUCUGUGCGGUUUCAGGAGGAUAUUAUCUCCAUUUGGAAUAAGACAGCUAGUGAUCAGGCCACCACAGCACGUAUAAGAGACACCCUACGUAGAGUCCUCAAUCUGCCACCAAACACCAUCAUGGAGUACAAGACUCACACAGACAGCAUCAAGGCAUGGGAAGAAUUCCAUGGGCUUGUGAACACCAGUGGUGGCCGUUGACCAUGAAUCCUGUGUUUGACAACCCAGUAGAGACUGUUGAGGCUUUUCAGAAAACGCAAGUAGCCAUGUGGAUGGUGAUGCUUUUCCUCAAGAAGUCAGAGAAGUUGCAGGGUGAAGGAUUCCUGGACUUGAAUCAUUGCUCAGCAGAGAAGUGACAGAAAAGGGCAAGGCCUACUUCUGACAGCUUGUGGCCACACAUCCACAUACGGUUCAGCCAUGUAUCUCUGGUUACAUGCUAAAUGGAAU